AUGCACGACUUCUGCUUCACGAUCCCCUACGGGUUCGCGGUCCUGGCCGGCGGCCUGCUGGGCUACCUCCGCCGCGGCAGCACCGCCUCACUGGCGGGCGGCGCCGGCGUGGGCGGGCUUCUCCUCCUGGCAGGGUUCGUCAGCCUCAAGGCCUUCGAGAAGCGCCGCAACUCCUACCUCGCCCUCGCACUCGAGACCCGUACGCUCCUGAAAAUUGGUGCCACACGAAACGCAGAACCGGUCCUGACAUGCAUUCAGACGUGCUUGGUUUGCGCACUGGCCUUGACCUUUGUUAUGGGGCAAAGAUACCUUGAAACUUCAAAGAUAAUGCCGGCUGGUGUCGUUGCUGGCCUCAGUGCUCUGAUGUCGGCAUUCUAUCUGUUCAAAAUUGCUACCGGCGGCAACCAUUUCUCGCCAAAGAAAGAGUAG